UAAAAGAGAUCCAAACCCCUAAAUCACCCGCUCCUCCUCCUCCUGCUCCUCUCCUCGUGGCGGCGCGGACGAGCCAGAGCCACCGUUCGAGCGGCGAUGGCGAGCUCCGCGCUGAGACGAUCCCUCCCGCGUGGGAGCUCGCUUCGGCGGCUCCUCCCUUCGAGCCCUCCUCCCCCGUCUUCCACCUCCGCCGCCGCCGCCGCGACCUUCCGGCGCUCCUACAAGCCCGGUGACGGGGAGGCAGAGAGCGUGGAAGAAUUUGAGAAGAGGGUGCUGGGCGGCUCGGAUGACAAUAACCUCUUUAGGAAGCUAGAUGUGUUUGAGAAUCGCCGCGCAGGACAGAGCUGGGGCGGCAUGGGUGGGUUCCGCGACAGGGGUAACUCUAGCAGCAUCCUGGAUGAAUUGGGCUCGAGUUUCAAUUCCUUAGAAGAUGGUUUGGAUGAGAAGUUGGAUAAGGCAUCCCGCACCUUUCAUGUGACGGAGGAGUACGAGGACGAGGACUAUGAGUACAGGCCGGAUGUGAAUUUCAGGCGAGGCUCAACUUAUAAUGUUAGGGAUCUUGACCUUACAAGACCCGCAGCUGCAAAGAACCCUCCUAGGCCACAGUUUGAAACAACUUCGCAGGAUGUUUUAAAGAAAGCUGAUUUUAGGAAUGUUAGAUUCCUAUCCAACUUUCUGACAGAUGCCGGCAUCAUAAUCAAGAGGAGUCAGACUCGUAUUAGCGCAAAAGCUCAGCGUAAGGUUGCAAGAGAGAUUAAAACCGCCCGUGCAUUGGGGCUAUUGCCUUUCACAACAAUGGGUCAAAGACCAUUCGUUUAUGGCAGAAGUGCGGAGGUGAAUCUUUCAGAUGAGGAAUAUAAUUACAGCUUUGUAGAUCAGAAGGCGGGUGGGCCUGAUGAGAAUGCAGACGACACUGUGCCUGCUGAGGAGGCUGCGGCACCUGGUGCGGGGAAUGCAUAAGCAUUUUUCAAGGGCGUGCCACUCUACAAAGCCCUGCAUUUUUUUUCCUGUUACUCGUUCGACACGGCUCCACAUGCCUUCUUGCCUUAUGGUCUACUCUUGCCCGGAUCAUAGCCCAGGUUCAAUAAGUCUAGUAUUUCACAUGUUAUGUACACUAUAAUCUCGGUUUCUUGUUGUGACAUGAUCAGCAAUUUCUUUUGGCUAGCUAGUCUCCAGGUUGGAGAUCAUGUGCCCUACCUAACAUCAACAUGAAAAAUGAUCCAUAUGAGACCGGUCCUUAAUUAAUUGAGGCAGUAACAGUAA